AUGUCCGGUACGACGCCGGUGCCAUCCUUCCAGCAGGACAUGAGUAUGCCUUCCAGCAUCCUGCAAGAGGCUUUGGACAGCAUCACGGCUUUGUGGGUCAAGGUCACGCGAUUUGAGGCUCAGGAGCCUAUGGGAGUCUCCGAGAUCAAGCGUGACUCUGCAACAGGCGGCGGAAUCUACUGUUUGCGACGCAAUGCUAUGGGCUACGGAUUGUACCAGUCAAGCGCUGAACCUCGUGAUGGUCCUCUUAUCCUCUUGCCAGAGCACCUGGGACUCGAGCUACGCCUUGAUGCCCAGCGUGCAGCCUCAGAUCGAAUGGAGGAUGUCUCGCUGACUUGGAAACUGCUCGGGGCAGCAGAAACCGUGGGGCGCUUCUUUUCGUCGGCGGAGGAUGAGGUCGGGAUGAAGGAAGACAUGCAGGCCGUGUCGGCAUCCUUGCGAAGACCGGAGGACUUGUUUGAGGUGAAGCAGCGCGAACAACUGAAAAAGGCAGUGGCUGCGCUGCGAGUUCCCCUUGCGGAGCUUCUUGCAAAGGCCAACGGUGAGGGACGCGCAGCUGAUAUCCUCGCUGGCUUGCCGAAAGAUGUGUCAAGGCGGUUUUCGCGCUUGCGCUCCUCAUUGAUAGCGGCUACGUCCGAAACAAAUUCACUGGUUGUGUGUCCUCGAUGGGCUGGUCAAGAAGAGAUGACGGGUCCCAUCGUUCAGGAUGCAGCCAACACCGCUGCCUUCGAUGGCAAGGUGGAAGGAAGUGGGCAGGAUCUCUUGAACUUCAUCGCCGUUUGUGAGAAGCUUGAGCGCACGGGCUCCUGGACGUGCGUCGAGGCCCAUCUCCGAAAGGAGGUUAUAGCUUUCAGCACAAAGCACGGGCAAGAGAUUCAGAAGUACGUGAGGCUACGGUGCAAGGAUGCGGCACUGGCGGUGGUGCAGGGUGAGCCUACUUCCCCCUCGGCUUCAGGUUUGCUGGAGGAGCUCAUAGAGACGAAGCCGCAGGCUGUCAGCUCGAAGACUUCGAUGCUUCCCUUGCUGCCUCCCCCGCCAUCCUCUGUUUGCAGCGUCGCCCGCAAAGUGUGA